CGGGGGCAUCACCCUCAAAGAUCCUGCCCAGCUACUCGACACUCCAGCACCCUCACAGGUGCAUCUGAAACCCCACUUUAACUACAGCCCAGCCACAGACAACCUGAUCCCCUGUAAGGAGGCUGGCCUGGCCUUCUCUAAAGGAGAUGUAUUGCACAUUGUCAACAGAGAGGACCCUAACUGGUGGCAGGCAGUCAACAUUGUGGGAGGAGCCACAGGACUGAUCCCCAGUCAGUUCUUAGAGGAGAAGAGGAAGGCCUUUGUGAGGAGAGAAUGGAAUGGAUCAGGCGUUCUCUGUGGGACACUAACAGGAAAGAAGAAGAAGAAGAAGAAGAUGAUGUACCUGAUGUCCAAGAAUGCAGAGUUUGACCGCCACGAGCUGCAGAUCUACGAAGAGGUGGCCAAGAUGCCUCCGUUCCAGAGGAAGACCCUGGUUCUGAUUGGUGCUCAGGGAGUGGGCCGGCGCAGCCUAAAGAACAGACUGAUCAUCAUCAACCCCCUGCUCUAUGGAACCACCGUCCCGUUCACGUCUCGUUCUGCUCGGGAGGAGGAGAGAGACGGCCAGUCGUACUGCUUUGUGUCUCGGUCCCAGAUGGAGGCAGACAUUAAGGCCCGUUGCUACCUGGAGCAUGGAGAGUACGAUGGAAACCUCUACGGAACCAAGAUGAACUCCAUCCACGAGGUGGUGGACGCAGGACGUACCUGCAUACUGGACGUUAACCCACAGGUAGGUCUGACACACAGUCAGGAUUUAUUCAUUUUAAAGGCCCAGAAAAUGGGAUUCUCCUGUGUCUUUAUAUAUGUUUCUGUACUUAGGUUGGAAUAAUACUGUAAUGUGAACAUUCUGAUCAGGCCUUUGUGUUGAGCUGAUUGAAAAGACCGCCUGAAAUUUCAGCUUGUUUUUGUGGGAGUUUUGGUCGGC